AUGUCAGCACGAGCAGCGAUGCGGGCCGUAUCUCCGGCCCUUGACGAAGUUGUCGAUAUGGUGGAACCUCUCGAUACGAUGCACAACAAUCUUGCCCUCUCUUCGGCCACUUGUGGCAUGGAGCACCAGAUCCAAACCGCCAACCGACCGGUCGUCCUCUGCGUCGCUCCCAAGCAAUCCCAAGACCCCCAGCUCUGCGGUGACUGCAAACGAUUGCAGAACGUCUCCAUUAAACCGAAGAAA